AUGGGAGGGGAGCAUGGAGGGCUUUCUGUUUCCUGUUUUGCGCCGCGCGCCGCAGCAAAGCACUUCCUGUCCAGGGAACGAGGCGAGAGGUGGACUAAAGACUUUGUGCUGCACAUUUGCACCAUAACCGUGUUUGUCAUGGCAGCAGUGCCGGAGGACCCCGACAUGGCCGCCCCCCCGCCGCCACCCCCUCCUCCCAGUGCUCCACCUGUACAGGUGCGCACAGUCACUACACCAUGUGCAGCAAGGAAGGGAUUCAUUUGGCAAUCUCGCGUAAACUACGUCGACUGGGUCCAUAUGAAUCCCCUUCAAGCUGGACUGGUUAGAUUGUCUCAGAAGACGUUUCGCUUUAUCAGUUCACGCUCCCAGACAGAACAACUCUCGUCUGAGAGGAUGGUGCUGGAGUCGAGGGCGAAACCAUCCUUGUGGGGACAUGUGCUCACCUCCAGCUCAUUUUUAAUUGAGGGCCACUUUGAGAACCGCUGGUAUAGGCCUUGUAUUCACGCCAAAAUCCUAACAGAGCGAAAGCACCCUUGUGGGGGCGUGUCCUCACCCAAGAGGGUAAACAUGUUGGAUCCAGCACCAUCCUCUCAGACACCCAAUCAAUUCCAAGCCCUGAGGAUACAAAGACCUGAAGGAAAGGACAUAUUCCCAGUGACAGCUGUGCCGCAUGUGUCACAGGCUCCAGCGGAGGCUCCCAAGUGCCACAAUGGCGGCAGGAACGCUCUGCUGGCUGACAUCCAGAAGGGAACCCGGCUGAGAAAAGUCACGCAGGUCAAUGACCGAAGUUCUCCGGCCGUGGAAAAGCCCAAGACCGCGAGUGCAGGUGUCUCCAACAACGUCGGGGCCUCUCAGGGUCCAUGUGCAGGUGGGGCCCCCCUGGCACCGUCCCUAGGUGGGCUCUUUGCUGGCGGCUUUCCCACACUCAGGCCCAUAAAGCAACGUGACGUGGUGGGCAGGACCUCAGUGUACCGCUCCAGCUCAUCGGCCUCCCUCAAGCCGCUGUGGACCACGCCCACUUUCGCGGACCGUCCACCCACCACCGCCUCCUCUUCCGCCCCGCCCUCGCCCACUCACGGCGCCAAGCACCUGGCCCCGCUACCCGCUGCGCCGCCUCCCGCACCCUCUGCUCCUCCGCCGCCGCCGCCGCCACCCUUCCAGGACCGCCCGACAAGCAAGCCCCCGCCUCUUCCCUCCUGCCCUCCUCCUCCGCCCCCGUCUCACCCCACCAAGCCCACCUGGCUGCCCAUCCAGCAGCACCAACACUCUGCCCACCUGCAGCCGUCGACUCCGCCCCCGCCUCCACCCCCGCCUCCACCGUACCACCCUCCAUCUCUACCGGGGGACCGCUCCUCGUGGUGCUUCUACCCUCCACCGCCCCCAAUAGUGUGCACACAAACGGCCCGGUUCCCCAUCCUGCGUGACUACAACCCGCUCGGACCUCCGCCCCCGCCGCCACCUCUACCUGCUUCUUACACCCCCAGCUGCCUGGCCACUCAGCCGCCGCCUCCGCCCAAGAUCCCCGCUGUCCCGUCACCGGCAUUGCGCUUCCCGCCGGCGUCGUACCCCUGCAACGCCCCGACCCGACGGCCGCCCGCCGUGCCGAGAAGCGCAGCUGCCAGUCGCCUGGCUCCUCCCCCAGUCCCUCCAGCACGCUCCUCAUCCACUGAGCUGACCGCCCGCAUUCCUCCCCCUCCACCUCCCCCUCCGCCCCUACCCCCGUCAAGUGUCAGGAACGGACACCUGCACAGUCUGGAUGACUUUGAGUCCAAGUUCCAGUUCCACCCCUUAGAAGAUCUACCUCCUCCCGAUGAAUUCAAGCCUUUUCCUCGCAUCUACCCGAGCAAAGAAAACCCAGUUAACUCCGCCCCCCACGGGAUCAGGCCACACCUCAGAUGAGCCUCAUCACCCACGCAAGUUCACAUUGCAAAGACAAUAGCAAGAUUCAGAGAGGAAUGUUUUGAAUUUGUGAGAGAGGAGGACUCACCCUACUCAGCCACUAAAUCGCUGCCAUUUGCUUGUAGUAUCACUCUUAAA